AUGGUAUAUCAGCGCUUUAUUGAAGACAAAAAUAGAACACACUAUAUCAAAAAUGGAAAACAACUCCCUUUGGUGCUCGAUAAACUUUAGGAUUUGCUAAUGUUUUAAAUGCCUGCGCUGUAUACGUCCACGAAACAAACGAAAAUUGAAGCCCUUUUUGAAUAUGAGGAUUUUUUUAUAAAGUUGGGUUCAGUUACAAUGAUGGAAAAUUUCAAGGGAAUAUUAAUUGAAAUAGAAUAUCGUCCUUGUCUGGUUUCGUUCUAUUCUUGGGAAAUGAUACGUGAGGUGUUGCGAAGUUUUCUAGGAGUAACAGUACUCAAAGAAUAUCCCGCGUACUUUACAACUCAGCCUGUAGUCAAUGCCAUGGGUCAACAACAUAUUCACCCUAAACAUAAUGAUAUUUAUGAGACCAUCGAUACCACAAAUCAAUAACCAAAACAUUUAACCAACUAUCGCAAACUGAAUGUUAUGCCGCAAUCACAGGUGGCUAAUCAACAGGCAAAUAUGCCGCUUGAUACCGGCAUGAGAGUGGGUUAA